AUGUAUCGGAAGUUGUCUAAGUUAGAACACUCGGAAAUAAAACAACUUCUUACAGAAGCUAAUAUAGAUGUUGCAAAGCAUUACGCAACAAACAAAAAAGCACUCGCUGACAUCCUCAAUGACUAUAAUGGUGCAAUAAGUUAUGAUAGAAUUCAUGAGUUCAUAAAGCCGCAACGCGGCGAGGACGAAGUCCAUGCAAGAACUUUUCCUUUAAAUGACGUUGCUAUUGACUUAUAUCAUAGACGUUCAGUACCUCAUGAAGUAAGAAGAGAAAUGUUUGACAUAACAAAUGCAAACGUUGGUGAAACAAGAAGAAGAGACGACACACUGAAACAACAGAGAAGAGAGAU